AUGAAUACGGAGGAAGGCUUGCUAGCGGGUGCUUACGACAGUCAUACUUAUGACUCUGUGGCUGCAAAAGAUGACAUAUUCGAGCCAGAGGUAACUACAAAAGAAGAAUUGGCAUUUAUCACAAAAUCAUCAGCUCCUUUGGUGCUCACGUUUGGCCUCCAAUACUUGCUAUCGUGUUUUUCCGUGUACGCAUGUGGAAAGCUAGGCGCCGCCGAGUUGGCAGCAGCGUCGUUAGCGAUCUGCUCCUUCAAUAUUACUGCAUUGGCGGUUUAUCAGGGAAUGGCGACCUGCUUGGAUCUGUUCUGUUCGCAGGCGUAUGGCGCUGGUCGCUUUCACAUGGUAGGUGUCUAUUUCCAGAGAUGUUCACUCAUGUUGCUUGCAUUGACGGUGUUUCCAUUGGCACCGCUCUGGUGGUGGUCCGGUACGCUUUUGAAAUACUUGGUUCCCGACCCGGAGCUUGCAGAGAUGACACAGCAGUUUUUGCGGGUUCUCAUCGUUGGCGCUCCCGGCCUUAUGCUCUUUGAGACAGGAAAACGGUUUCUCCAAGCACAACAUCUAUUUAACGCGGGAACUUAUGUUCUAUGCAUUGCUACGCCCGUCACUUUCAUCCUCAAUUGGAUUUUGGUUUGGCAUCCAACGUAUGGAAUGGGACUUCCUGGCGCAGGCUGGGCCAUGUCGAUCAGCUACUGGUUGAUCUGUUUGCUCAUGUUGGCUUAUGUGAUCUUCGUUGAUGGAAAGAAAUGUUGGGGCGGUCUCGAUUUGCAGAAGGCAUGCCAAAAUUGGGGCAAAAUGCUCCAAUUGGCUUUGCCAGGUGUGAUUAUGGUGGAAGCCGAAUAUUUGGCCUUUGAGGUCUUGACCAUUUUAGCUGCUUCUUUCGGCACAACUGCGUUGGCUGCACAAUCAAUUGCUUCCAAUGUUGGAAGCAUGAUCUUCCAGCUUCCAUUUGCUGUGGCUGUAGCGGUCAGCACCCGGAUUGGCCAUUUCGUAGGUAAAAAGGACAUUGCCGCUGCACGGACUGCCACUAGAGUCUCAUACAUUUUGGCGUUUGGAAUCUCGUUCUUUAAUUUCCUGCUCGUUUUCUUUGGAAAAGGUGUCUUGAUUGGCAUGUUCACCAAAGACGCCGAUGUGAUCAAAUUGGCGAGAGUAGUGAUGACAAUCGUCGCCGUUAACCAGCUUGCAGACUCUGUGAAUGUUAUCGAGGCAGGUGUUUUGAGAGGACAGGGGCGCCAGAAGUUGGGCUCAUACCUCAACCUUGUCUCAUAUUAUUGUAUUGCAUUACCCCUUGCAUUCUUCUUCGCCUUCCACUUGGACUUUGGACUUGCCGGUCUUCUCUCUGGCCUCAUUGUUGGCGUUGUUUUCUUGACCCUUUCUGAAUUUGUGUGCAUUUUGAAGAGUGAUUGGAACUAUAUUUUGAGAUCAUCUGAAGCUAGACAUGACCACUAG